AUGUCUGUAGCUGAGGACGUUUGGAUUACCUUUGACAUCACUGCAGAUUUCAUGUUUAUUUUACUACUUUCGACCAGUUCUCUUUUGUUGGCCAAGUCACUUGAUUACUGUAAGCUACGAAAAGUAUCUACAAGCCAAAGUAUGGCCAGUACUCCUAUCUCCUUCUUUUUUUCUUUUUUCUUUUUCUUUUUUAUUCUUUCUUUCCUCUUUUUUCUUUUUCUUUUAGCUAUCUCCUUCUUUUUCUUUCUUUUUCUUUUUUUUUUUUUUUCUUUCUUUUUUCAUUCUUUCUUCUCCUAUCUCUUCUUUUUUUUUUUUUUUUUUUUUUUUAUUCUUUCUUUCGUCCAAUUGAUAGCUAUCGCCUUCUUUUUUUUUUUUUUUUUUUUUUCUUUCUUUCGUCCAAUUGAUAGCUAUCUCCUUCUUUUUUUUUUUUCUUUUUUUUUUAUUCUUUUUUUCGUCCAAUUGAUAGCUAUCUCCUUCUUUUUUUUUUUUUUUUUUUUUUCUUUCUUUUCUUUCUUCCAAUUGAUAGCUAUCUCCUUCUUUUUUCUUUUUUUUUUUUUUUUUCUUUCUUUCGUCCAAUUGAUAGCUAUCUCUUCUUUUUUUCUUUUUUUUUCUUUUUUUCUUUCUUUCCUAUUUCCUUCUUUUGUUCUUUUUCUUUUUUUAUUCCUUCUUUCGGCCAAUUUAGAGCUAUCUCCUUCUUUUUUUUCUUUUUCUUUUUCUUUUUUUAUUCCUUCUUUCGUCCAAUUGAUAGCUAUUUCCUUCGUUUUUUUUGUUGUUCUUGUCUUUUAUUUUUACCAUCUUUUGCCCCCUUUUCAUUCUUCCAAUACCGUGUCUCUCGUUUUGACUCUUUAUUAUUUCUUUCUUUAUUUCGUGUCUUUCCUGCUUCCGUUCAUGUCUGUAUAUCUUCGAUAUUUUACUUACCUUCAUUAA